AGACUUACUUCCGCUUAGGGUAACAACCGCGUGGUUGACUUUGCAAGCUACCUUCGUCAAAUUCAGCCUCCGGUGGAGAUCUACGACGCGUGUGAGUUCCUCAUACACCAAUAGUAUCAGCUCUAAUACUUGCUCGCAGUCGGAUCGCUCUGCAUAGAAGACGUAAUCUGUCAUGAGCGAGAACGUGCCUUUGCGCGUCGCACCAUCGCAGCCUCCGACCUCGCGAAAUGGCCGAAUAUCUCUCUCGAUGGUGCUGGUUAUCUAGCGAAUUGGCACGCCUUCGUGGGCCCAGAUACCCGACCGCUGAAGUUAAACCAAGUUGUCUUCGCCGAUCCUCAGCAACCGUACGCCAAGUGCAAAUGUUACACGCUGUCGACCGAUGGCAAACUUCUCGCCGCAUCAUUCGACUCCGCUGAAAUCGUUGUAUGGCGGCUCUUCGAUGGCAUGCUAGUUCAACGCCUCCGUCAGCAGGGCCAUCGCGAGAAUGUUACUUCCCUGUCAUUUUCUGCCGACAGCCUCACCCUUGUCUCAGGGUCCGACGACAAGACCGCAAUUGUCUGGAGCGUUGAAGGUGGCUGCGUAUUCCGACGUCUCACAGGACAUCAUUCGCAAGUGGACAACAUCGCAUAUUCCCCCAAUGGCGCGCUCAUUGUCACAUCUGACUUGAAGAAAUCCGUCAAGACUUGGGACGCCUCAACUGGAGCAUGCCUGGAUUCCUUCGUCCUUGAAGAGUACAUGUACCAGCUCACCUUCUCGCCGGAUAGCUCGCGCCUGUGCAUUCGAGCACGCAACUCCUCUUUCAUCUACGAUGUACAGUCCCAUAAGCGUCUUGCUGUAUUGCAACGCAACACGACCGAUCGCAUCGGUUUAUCAAUGUCCCACCAAGGCGAUCGCGUAGUCACCGGAACAGACACCGGGCGUGGUGUGAAGAUUUCGAACGUGGCGACCGGUCAAGAGCUUCUCACUAUUGACGAUGGGAGGGAGCUGCUUACUCCCGUAGCAUUCUCCCCGGACAGCGCUGAGGUAUUGGCAACUUGCGUGGCGGACAAAACGGCUCUCGCUUACGACUCGCGGACGGGUCAGCUACGCCGUACUUUCAAGCUUUCACACCUACCCUAUCGUAUUGCAUACUCCCCGAAUGGGGACUAUGUUGCUUUCGUGGGUCGGCGCGGUAGUCUCGAAGUGUAUGGCGCGAGAUCUGGAACGUUCAUCGGAAAGGUCGAAGGUUUCGGGGACAACGCAGAUAUACAGAAAGCCGAAUUUUUACCCGACAAUCAGACUAUUCUGUACUUCUUCGGAGACAUUCGCGAAUCUCUUCGUCUAUGUAACAUAUAUGAUCUAGUCAGGAUGCGAUAGUGUAUCAUAUUCUACUGAGCUCAAUGUAUUUCGUCACCUUUGACCACAGCGACGGAGUAGUCGCCCAGGACUUUGCGGGCUGCCCUGAGACUUCACAGGCUGCGCAUGGCGAUGCGCGCAUGCGUCGCCUCGCAGCAAGGCUUAUGAGCAUCUCUGUGCGUCUAGUGCAGCUAGUAGGCAGGAGUAGAGCAAUUGCGGCACAUUUACACGACUCACGGGCCACGAUGUGGCCUGAACGCCCGCCGCCAUUAGAUCCGAUCCUGAGGUAGACUGGCCGCAGGCGCAGGUAUCUCAGCUUGAGAUGUGUAGUCUGCGCCGUUUGCGCUCCUCUUGAUUUGCGUGCGGAUGAGCUGCCUCCUCGAGUUGCGGUCCCUGGGGUCCUGCCUGUAGCCUGUAUGGCAGCCGAGAUGCCCGAGAGCGAACGGUACACCCAAAAAGUGC